UCUCGGGAAGUGGCGGGAGAAGCGACGAUGGCGGCGCUGCAGGAGCAGGGCGGUCAGUUGCAGAAAGGAGCGCAGGUGGCUGCCUGGUUGAAAACCGUAUUUGGAGAUCAGCCCGUUCCACCGUAUGAGGUGAACCCACGGACCACCGAGGUUCUGGCUCACCUUUCAGAACGCAACAAGGCGCGGGACAGGGACGUGGCCCUGGUAAUAGAGGACUUGAAGCAGAAAGCCAGCGAAUAUGAAUCCGAAGCGAAGCAUCUUCAAGACCUGCUCCUGCAGAGUGUGAAUUUCUCCCUUGCCAACCUCUCCAGCACCGGCUCCAUGUACCUGAACGCUUUGGUUGACAUAGCCAUGGUUCUGGAAACAAAGGAUUCAUCACUAACUAGUUUUAUUCCUGCAGUGAACGACUUGACCUCUGAUCUUUUUCUUACCAAAUCCAAAAAUGAAGAAAUCAAGCUUGAGUUGUCAAAACUGGAAAAAAAUCUAACUGGAACUUUAGUAUUAGAAAAAUGUCUACAAGAAGACCUCAAGAAAGCAGAGCAGCAUCUCUCCAAGGAAAAGGCCAGAGCUGACCGUCGCCUUCAGAACAUGGAGUUUCUAAAAGCCAAGUCAGAGGAGCUCCGAUGUGGAGUCACAACUGCCGAGGAACAGCUUUCCGCCAGGGGCAUGGACGCUUCCCUGUCUCACCAGUCGCUGCUAGCACUAGCGGAGGAACUCAAACGGCAGACGGCACCUUUGAAGAAGAAAUUGGAAUCUUACUUAGAUUUAAUGCCGAACCCAUCUCUUGCUCAAGUGAAAAUUGAGGAAGCAAAGAGGGAAUUGGUAAGGAGUUCCACUUUUUUCCUUUCAAUUUUCUUUCCUAAGAAACAAAAUAAAUACUGACCUAGCUAAUGCCCCCGUCUCCUCAAAGGUAAACACACUUCCAACGUUUCUGUGAAUCCCUCCGUGCAUUUUUUUGUAAACUU